AUGGAGGACGCAGAGCGCGAGCCGCUGUCGUCACUCACAGUGUUGCUAUGGCAGAGCAGACAGAAGCACGAGGGCCUCACACACACACACCGACAGGCCCCCGGUUACCGGCAGGUUACCGGCUCUCAGUGGCGGAUCUCGCUCUGUGCCGAGCGGUGUGAACAGCACGAGCGCAGAGAAAGCGGUCACGUGCGGCUCGUCUCCAGCGAGGACCCUUUGUCAUCAAGAGAUUCAUCCUCAGUACUGGGAGCAGCAGAGCACAGAAACCAGUGCCUUGCUCAAGGGCACCGACUGGAAUCCACAGAAAGACUCCACGGCAAUCCAGGCGCUGCGCUCCAGCGUGAGCCCGCGGUGUUUGAGUCCCUGAAAAGGACGGCAGUGAAGAACCGGGAAGAGCUCUGGAGGGCGAGAGAAGAGUUUAUAGCCGAGUUCCCAGACAACCUGCAGGCCGGUCAACAAGAGACUGAAACCGGCAGUCAGUUUGACGUAUGUCGGUCUCUGCGCGGCUCGGAGGCAGGCCCGGGAUGGGAGUUUUACGCCUGUCAACCUUCACCAGCCAACAUGAAGGAGGUGAUGCAGAUCAGAGUCGACCCCCCCGGCAUCACCUGUGGAAACCCACCUGAGAGAUUCUGCACUCUGGAGAACCCGUACCUGUGCAGUGAUGAGUGUGAUGCUUCCAGCCCUGACCUGUCUCACCCUCCUCAACUAAUGGGAGACAGGGAGAGGGGAGGGCUCAUCACCUACUGGCAAACAGUCACAUGGUCCAGGUUUCCUGAGCCUCUAUUGGCCAACAUCACUCUGUCCUGGAACAAGAGUCUGGAGGUGGUUGAUGAUAUCAUUGUCACCUUCGAGUAUGGCCGACCAACCAGCAUGGUGCUGGAGAAAUCUCUGGACAAAGGUGUAACAUGGCAGCCGUAUCAGUACUAUGCUGAUGACUGCCUGGAAGCAUUUGGUAUGUCUCCUAAACGAGUCUCUGAUUUAGCACCAAGUAACUUAACCCGGGUUAUCUGUACCGAGCAGUACUCCCGCUGGGUUGGAGCCAAGGAGGAGAAGAUUGUGGUGUUCGAGGUGCGGGCUCGGUUCGGGGUGUUUGCAGGUCCAAAGUUGAUCAACAUGGAUGCCUUGUACACCCGGAUGGAGACCAUGAAAGGUCUGAGGGACUUCUUCACCUUCACCAACCUCCGACUGCGUCUCCUCCGCCCGGCACUGGGAGGGACCUAUGUCCAGAGAGACAACCUGCUGAAAUACUUCUAUGCUAUUUCCAACAUUGACGUACCGGCCAGGUGUAAGUGUAACAUGCAUGCAGCUCAGUGUGUGUUACGUGAUGCAACACUGCAGUGCGAAUGUGACCACAACACGAGUGGACAGGACUGUCAACGCUGCGGCCAGGAAUUUAAAUCCCGCAGCUGGAGACCAGGAUCAUACCUGCCCUUGCCCAAAGGCACUGCCAACACCUGUGUGUCAGCAGGAACUGUAGGAAACUGUGAGUGUAACGAUCACUCCAACCGCUGCAGCUACAUUGACUUCAUCAACGUCAUCACAUGUGUGAGCUGUAAACACAAUACACGAGGACAGAACUGUCAGUACUGUCGCCUUGGUUACUAUAGAAACGCCUCACUGAUGUUGGACGACGAGAACGUCUGUGUCGAGUGUGACUGUGACAUGGAGCGCAGUCUUUCUCCUCACUGCUCUGACUCUGGUCUGUGUCAGUGUAAACCGGGAGCCGCAGGGCGCCGCUGUGACUCCUGCCUACCUGGAUACACCUGGAGAGCAGAGGGAGCCAGCUGCACAGUGAACGUGUGUGACGAGGAGCGUUUGAUUUGUCAGAACGGAGGAACCUGCGUCGACUUCCAGCGCUGCAUUUGUCCGGACAACUUCACAGGUUCGUUGUGUGAGCAGAGUGUCUGUCUGAAGAAGAACGGUUGCUUCGACAACGCUGAGGGCUCCGCCUCCUCUCUGACCUCCCAACUUUACCUGCUGACCCUCAGUCUGAUCUCCACCACCCUCUGCUGA